AUAUCAUCAAUGCAAGAUAACUCUCAAGCUGUGUUCGUAAAGAGUUCAUUAGUGUUCAAACGGCCAGGAAUAUACGUGGUCAACGUCCAAGGAGAAUCGAUCAUCGAUGGGGUGUCCACGUUGUUAUUAGGAAACGUCAAGCUGUGGUUUAUUGGUGACAAAGGCGUAAUCAGAAGCUCUGUGGAAUCUCGAUAUCUACAGGGACACAUAAACAUCGAUUGGGUAAUAUCGCCACCACAACACAUUUGGGGAGCGGUUGACGUUGAAUACGCGCUGAACAAAAUGUCAUACCAAAAGCUAUUUUCUAAAGUAUACUUCAUUGCYCCCGAGAACAGUGUCAGUCAAAUAACCUUUGGUGCACGUGUCACCGCCAACAAUAAAUGGACUUUGGAAGUAUUUUACCCACCGGAAAUCAAGAUCACAUCAGCAAUGGUGAUCUUCGAGUCGUUCGACCAAUUCACAUCGUUCAUUAACACAACUACGCCGUUUGUCAACAUUCCGUACUUUGCGUUGCGCAUCAUUGCAGACACAACCUCAUUGAACUUUCAUCGACAUAUUGAGGUGUUUUGGCCGCACAAUAGUGCUCUGAUGAACGCUACUAAAACCAAGACGCUGAAAGAAGUCAGCAUAYUGAACGUAGGAGAAAUACUUUUGCAUUUCCCUAUCGACAAGAAGUACCACGUCGGUAGGUUCGAGUUCAAAUACGAAGACUUGACGAAAGAAAUAAUUGGAGAUUCGAGAGUCGUGUACGAUGAAAUUAAAAUCAUCGAAGGAAACUUUACUAGAAAAUUUACGGUAUACGAAAACAACUUUAUUGAUGACGACAUUGACGUGACGGUCCAGAAUAAAAUGCUACCACUGGGCGUGAGGUACCUCCACAGGGUGAAUAAAGAUGGUCAUGUAGCUACGGUGGACGUUCCAAAAACCACACCUAGCGAAUACGGGAAAAUAAUCGACAUAAACGUAGCAUAUCCCAGGAGGAAUUUCUCGAUUAUCAGUGAUAUAGAGACGGAUACUAAAUAUUUGAUGUCUCAGAUGACACUAAUACAGCAUAGACCUUUGCCGGACGAUAAAUACGUACUCGGAUAUAGAAUUGAUUGGAGAAAACUUGAGUCUAAAGUCAAUAGACAUCGUAUAGCUGUGUUGUUGUUCCACCCUUCAUUUCAAAAAAACGUUACAAUUAAAGGAAACUAUUCACGUGGUAACUCGAUACUCUUCGAUCUAAAUGCUGAAUACGAUUAUGCAUUGGAUUCAAGACGAAAGUUUACCAUAGGUUGCUUGAUUGAAAACAAUUCUGUCAAGUCUAAACGAAACUACUUUUUAUCCCUUAAAGGAAGACAUUUAAUUACCAGAUUUAAAUUGGACGCUGCUGGUACUUUUAAAUCACAAGAAUUCUUUCAUUACUUCCACAACAAUAUUACUUAUAAACGGGCAUACUUACCAGAUCAGUAUUGGGAUGGUAAAGGUGUAUUAGAUUUUUUUAACAAAACUAUACUAAUCGAGAAAUAUUCAAUUCACGAUACCACUUUUAUCUACGGGAAUUACAGUAAUUUUCAAGGAACUCAUUAUGUGAAUGGACUGAUACGAAGAGGAGAUGAUCAAAAUAUUGUUGGAACAUUUUACAUCAAUUUUCCACUUAAAUUAAAUAUUCUAGACGCCACAAAACAAUUGUUUAUGUCUGGAAAUAUGUUGGAGAGUAAAMAUGCUAAAUUUAACAUAUGGAGAACCGAAGACAAUGUAAUUAUUCCAGAUGUUGGAUUUUCUUUAAGUCUUAACCAUUCUAGAUUACUGUCUUCUACAUUGGAAUGGAGAAUCGAUUUAAAAGACAAUAUUGUGAACGCGUUACGUACAUCAGUUAACCGCACUUGGUGUUAUAUUCAAGAUACAACAGAGUUUUGGACACAUUACAUAAAAUCUCAGACUGUGGAAACUGCAAAUGGCAUUUGGGCUGAUACAAAACCGGAAAUACAAGAAUUUCUCAACGAUAUAAGCUGCCCAAAAGACAUAAAAAUGGCCUACGAAGAAUUUGGUAAGCUGUUAAAACGAUUGAUGGAAGGCGAAGCCUUUGUUUACGUCUCGGACUUUAUCAAUAGUUCCAUGGUUAAAUAUGACAAAUUGAUACGUGACGUUCAUAUAUCGUUCAUAAGAUACGUUGAAAGUAUGUUGGAAGAAUCUUCAAACACCGUGGCUGCAUAUUGGAGCAACGUUUUAAAAACCAUCGAGCCAACUGUGGUGCAGAUUUUUCAUCACAUCGAAGCUGUUUUCGUGUCAGCUACAAAACACGUCAUUCAAUUUUUGUACGCGAGACAGCAAGAACUUAUGCAAUCACCAUAUUACGCACACACACAAAAUAUGACACAAGACUUGGACAAAUUUUAUAAAGACCUCAUGCAAAACGAUUUAUUUACUAAUCUAAAAAAAUACUCCGCAAUAUUGUUCGACAACGAAAACGAUCUGGAAACAUUAGAAAGCGUAAUAGAAAAUGURCCUUAUUUCUCCAUAGAAUCAGAUUGUUUCACUGUCGUAUUUCUCAAAUACCACAAAGCGAAAACAAAAUUUUUAUGCAAUCCAGAAAAAGGAAUUUUAGAAUUGGAACAGAAGUUGCCGUUCUCGUGGCACGCUUUCAAUGAAACGCCCAAAUACGAAGAGAUCCCAGAAUACAGAAUGGCCACUAAACUGUUGAGCAUGUUUGCGCCAUCCAAUGUUACGUUCUGGUUUGUGUACUAUAAUUUGAUGCCGUUUAUGGAUUAUACGAAUUGGCUGCCACCGUUCAGAGCUCAUGCGAUGAUAGUCGGUUCACAGCAUUUUGUGACAUUCGACCAGAGGCAUUACGACUUUAAGGGCCAAUGUUCAUAUCUUUUGGCUAAUGAUUUUGUCGGCCAUGAGUUUUCCCUGGUGCUCAACUACGAAUCAGAAAUCAAAGGACACUAUACAAUGAUGCUGAUACUUGGGUCCGAGACAAUUUCGAUAGAUCUCCUGCGCAAGGACGUGAGAGUUUUUCCCGACAGUAUCAAACAACUGCCACUGCAACUGAACGAUACAGUUAUCUACUACGAAAACGAAUUGCUCAUAGUGGAUAGUGAGAGGGGCUUAUCUUUAAUAUGMAACAUGAAUUUCCAAUAUUGCACGUUUCACGUAUCAGGUUGGUAUUUCGGGAAGACAGCGGGAUUGCUUGGAACGCUGGACAAUGAGCCCAUCGACGACAUGCUUUCGUCCAAUGGUUACUUGGAACCAGACUUGUACAAGUUCACUGAGAGCUGGUCAUUGAACGAAAACAGCUGCAGCGCGUAUCCGUCUCUCCAGAGGAAAUCGUCGCCCAGCGCACAAAUUGUGGAGAUCUGUGACAGUUAUUUCAAACACAAGACCUCACCACUAUUCACCUGCUUUUCCGUGAUAAACCCUAGUCCAUAUUACGACCUGUGUCUGAAACAAGCCAACAAAAACGAGACGUGUACAUCGGCGACCGCCUACAGCGAAAUGUGCUCCAUAGAAAAUCUGCCAGUCCGUACACCGACAAACUGUGUCAGGUGUCACGCAAUAAACAACACGGAAAUCACCGAGGGCGAUUUCUUGAGUAUCAACGGUAGCCACGUACCGUCGUCGGCCGACAUCGUGUUCAUCGUCGAGGCCAAACAAUGCAACGAGAACUUUGCGGAAAAAAAGAACGUGCACACCCUGCUCACGAUGAUGGUCAAAGAGUUGCACGAUGUUGGGAUGACGAACAACAAAUUUUCAGCUGUUUUCUUUGGUGGCAACGGAUUAUUCGACGAGCCUCACAGUGUUGUAAUAAACGGUCAAAUUUUUGCAAGCCCAACCCUAUUCUUACAGUUUUUGAGCAACAUACAAAUUGGUAACGGAAAUUCAGACGUAUUCAACGCCAUUCGAUUCGCGUCGAAGUUGCGUUUCAGGACGGCACAUUCGAUAAUAUUUUUACUGUUUCCGUGCAGCGACUGCGAUCCGUCGAACAUGAUGUUGGACUAUUCCGUUAUCAACCACAUAAUUACGGAGAAAAGUAUAAAGUUACAUGUUUUAAUGGACAAGCCAUUCAUUCUUGAUAAGUCACGAGCGGGGAGCUCGUUAUUCGGCGUCGAUGCCGAGACGGCGUACACGAGAAACGACUUCAAGGCGCUAAAGGGAGACGCGGGCCUCAGAAAACAGGUGAAAUUAACGAAGAACAUGCUGGGAUACUGCACACCGAUCGUUUUGGAAUCGAACGGUUCGUUGUUCACGUCGAAAAAAAUGGAAACCGACAACUUAAACCUUGUGAAAAAGUUUUUGCAAGUUUUCGCUAAAAGGAUCGCCAAGACAGCGCCGGCGCCAAAAUGUCAGACGUGCGAAUGCAACUCGGACGAUAAUGGAAUCAGCCACAUGGACUGUUAUCCUUGUUCGUACCCUACGGCCGCCAACAUCGAAUACGGUUUCAACGACGAUUUUACUCCACCAAAUGUUUUAUCCUACGAUUCUGGCAACGGAUUCUACUACGAUGACCACAUUAAUUAACCACCAGCACGGCUUAUAAAAUUAUAAAUUUAUGUUGCUAUCAUUAUGUACCUAUGUCUAUUUGCAUCACAUGAAAUAUGUUACUCUCUAAAUAUUCACCGAGAUUUCUUUUCUCAUAAAUAUUACCAAACAUUAUAUUAUUAAACAUUAGAUCGAAUAUUUUCCACUAUUUUAUUAUUUUUUU